AUGAGGCUGACUAAUUAUAGGAGUGGUAAUGAAGAGGGAUUACCUACAGAGAAAUCUGUGAGUACUAAAGAGAAGAACCUACUUGAGUCAAGUGACAGUACAUACUAUAUAUUAAAAAGUAACUCAGAUAAUCAAGAGAAUUUGACAUGCUGUGAUGAGCUGUGCACAGAAACACGCAAACUUAUUUGUUCCUUUUUCCAGUCUAUAAGAAUAUUCGAGGCAAUACCUGAUAAUUCACGUAUUCUAGGACUUAGUGCAAAUGUUCCUCUUGCUGUUGCAGUAUGUUUCCUACUUGAGGAUCAGAAAGAAGUGAUACUCAUUUACGAUGAAGAAAAUCAAGCUACUUUAGGUUCAUUUUCAUGCAAUGAUGUCCUACUAUUUUUUUAUUUAGUAUAUUUACAUGUUGAUGGAAAAAAAGAAAAUAAUAAACACUACUCUCUCCACUCUUUAGAAGAGGUGUCUGGACAAACAAUUAAACAAUGGAUGAGUAAAUUGAUGGCUUUUAACUACUCUGAAGCUUUAAGUGGUAAUUUUGUUACAGUUGAUAUAUGUGCAACACUUUUAGAUGGUCUAAAUGCAUGUGUAGAAUCUUCGAAGUCCAGGCGAACAUUAAGUGUGUAUGAGAAGUGUUUCAACCUCAAAAAUAUUGGAUGCUGGGGAGUUCAGUCAAAUAGUUAUGGUAAACAUAAUGCCUGUCCAGUAUGCUAUAUUUCCCCAUAUUUGCUACUAUCACUAAUAAUACAGAAUCUACACAUAUGUUCUGAAUUCUGUAGUGAGUAUCUGGAAGCUCUUAAUUGUUCAAAACCUAAAGAUAUCCUCAAUAAUAAUGAAAAGAUAUCAUAUGGAUGUAAUAUAAAACCUGAAGAAAGUUUAAUUACUAAAUUAUUUCACAAACAACUCAUUGCAGAUCUUUCUAUUGGUCAAAAAGGCAAAAAUAUAAUUGUUUUAAAGGAACAUGAGCCACUUUACAGUGCUAUAGAUAUUCUUCUCACUAAAGAGGUUACUCAUAUACCAAUUAUUAAUGAAAAGACAGAGGAGUAUACAGGUGUUGUUGUAACAGCGGAAAAAUGUUUUGCAAUAAUACUGAAGGCAAUCAUAAAUCAAGACAAGAUUGACAUGAAAUCUCCAUUAAAAAUGUUCUUCAGCAUAUCUCUGAAUGGGGAUAUGUGUAUUAGUCAAGAUAAUACUAAUUGUUUAUAUGCAAAACUUGGAUCUAAAGAAAGAGGACUGGAAAAUAACUGUACCAUUCCGUUAUGUCCUAAUUGUACUAAAUAUCCAGCGAGAUUCCUAAAUCCUGAAAGUCCCCCAUAUAUUGUAGAUACCUGCUUAAGUGAUGCUAUAAUUAAGAUACUAUUAUCUGAAGACCAAUGUGUUGUUCUUGUAAAUGAGGAGACACUUGAAGUAACUACAAUUGUCACAGCAUACGAAAUUUGCGACUUCCUUAUUCGCGCUUCAUAA